AUGAAAAAGGACUACGAUUUAAGGAUAUGCACCUGGAAUGUCCGAACCCUUAAUUGGGAAGGUGCCUCUAUCCAACUGGCGGAUGCCCUCGAGAAAUUAAAGGCUGACAUUACCGCCAUCCAGGAAAUGAGAUGGACAGGACAAGGUUGUUCCAAGCGAGCAAACUGUGAUAUUUACUACAGCUGCCAUGCGGAGAGGCGCGAAUUUGGAUGCGGAUUUGUAGUAAGCCGGAGACUUCGCCACCACGUCUCCAAUUUCACCCCAGUGAGUGAACGGCUGGCUACAAUCCGCGUCAAAGCUAGAUUUUUUAAUCUUAGCAUAAUUUGCGCGCACGCCCCGACGGAGGAGAAGGACGAUGCUGUUAAGGAUGCAUUCUACGCGAGACUCGAGGACACAUACGACCGCUGCCCAAACCACGACGUGAAGAUCAUCCUCGGGGACUUCAACGCAAAGAUUGGGCGCGAACGCAUCUUUGACCGCACCGUCGGUCAAUUCAGCCUCCACGAGACCACCUCGAACAACGGUUUCAGGCUGAUUGACUUCGCCACGGCGCGAAACAUGGUAGUGAGUAGCACCAGAUUUCGGCACCUCGACAUCCACAAGGCCACAUGGCUGUCCCCUGAUCAGAAAACGCGAAACCAGAUUGAUCAUGUUGUGAUAGACGGAAGGCAUGCCUCAAGCGUGAUGGACGUGCGUACGUUCCGUGGAGUCAACAUAGACUCGGACCACUAUCUUGUCGCAGCCAAGAUACGCAUGCGGCUAUGCCGAGCGAAAAACGUACGCCCCAUCACGCAACGAAAGCUUGACGUCACUAGGCUGCGAUCACAACGGACAGCAACAGCCUACUCCACUCACCUCUCGGACAGUGGUGUCAUUUUUUUCUGA